CAACUCUCUCUAUCUCUCUAGCUAUGUGAUCUGAAUCAGCUCUGUAUAUUCUUCUCUCUUCUUUUAGUUUCGCGGUGUUUUAUCUGUUGUAGCCAUGGAGGACGUGAUUAGUUGCAGCAGCAGUAAUGACUACAGGCCACCGCCGCCGUACGAGGCGGCGGGGCCGAGUCAGACUACUCGGCGGAGGAGAGGCAAGGUGGAGGUGUUCCAUGAGGUGCUUAGGAGGCUCAGGGAGUCCUGUAACGAGGAGGCGAGUCAACCCGGUUUCGAGGACGAGUUGUGGACUCACUUCUCUAAGCUCCCUCUCAGGUAUGCGUUGGAUGUGAAUACCGAGAGGGCACAAGACGUAAUUAUGCACAAGACGUUGUUGCAUUUGGCACGAAAUCGAAGAACCAGACCAGCGAUCGAAGCUCGUCUCGUGCAGAUGCAUCCCGUCUCUGAUGCAAAUUACGGGGACUCUGUUCAUGGCUCCUCCUUAGCGGGAGGGGCUGCCCAAGGUAUUGAUGACAAUGGCAGCAGUCAUCCUCCACUUGCCUUUGGUUUGACACUCAACUUAGGACUCGCCUUGGAUGCCAAUAAACCGUUUGUUGAAGAUGGAAAUAGUGCCGUGAGUGGACACUCCCGCUUAUUUCGGAAUAUGCACGAGAUUACGAUUUCUACACUAGACAAGCCAAAGCUCCUUAGUCAGUUGACUUCGUUACUUUCCAAGAAUGGGUUGAACAUUCAAGAAGCUCACGCCUUUUCGACGACAGAUGGUUACUCCUUGGAUGUCUUUGUUGUAGAUGGCUGGGAGCAUGAGGAAAUUGAUCAACUAAAAGAUUCUAUGGUGGCUGAAAUUCAAGAGUUCGAGAACCAGUCUGUGUCGAGACGAGAUCUUAUAUCUCGUGAUGUGGAGUUGGACCGCCUUAAACCCCGCUCCGAGGUUGCCCCCGAUGCAACUGAUGUCUGGGAAAUUGACCCCAAACUGCUGAAAUUCGAAAGAAAGAUUACAUGCGGAGAUGUGUAUAAAGGCACGUUCCGCAGUCAGGACGUGGCUAUCAAGGUCCUCCGGGCCGAGUUGUUAAAUGAAGAUACACAGAGAGAUUUCGCACAAGAAAUCUACAUAUUAAGAAAAGUUCGCCACAAAAACGUUGUCCAGUUUAUUGGUGCAUGUACGAGACCUCCGCUACUAUGUAUUGUCACAGAAUAUAUGUCUGGUGGAAGUGUGUACGAUUUCCUGCAUAAACAGAAGGUAGUUUUCAAGCUCCCGGCCAUUCUGAAACUCGCGAUUGAUGUUUCAAAGGGGAUGAGCUACUUGCACGGAAACAAGAUAAUUCACAGGGACCUCAAGGCUGCGAAUCUCUUAUUGGAUGAAAAUCUGGUUGUGAAGAUAGCCGAUUUUGGUAUAGCUAGACUGCAAGUUGAAUCCGGGGUUAUGACCGCCGAAACGGGAACUUAUCGCUGGAUGGCCCCCGAGGUUAUUGGCCAUCGACCAUAUGACCAUAAGGCCGAUGUUUUCAGCUUUGGGAUUUUAAUGUGGGAGCUGCUAACUAGAAAGAUCCCAUACGAGAAUUUAACUCCCUUGCAAGCUGCACUUGGUGUGUCUCAAAAGGGUCUUCGGCCUAAAAUCCCUGAGGGCACUCAUCCAAUGCUAGCGGACUUGCUCAAGAGAUGUUGGGACCAAGAUCCAUUGUUGAGGCCCGAGUUUUGUGAUAUCACCGAAGACCUGCAGCGCAUUUCCAACGUGGUUGCGGAGCAAGAGAGGAACGGCAAAAGAAGAAACCUCGAAGAACCACACAACAAGGUCCGAGGUAAAUUGACAAUGAAAGCAGGGUGAAAGCGCAUUAUUUUUUCGAACUGCAAUAAGUUGAUCAACAACAACAACCAUACCGGUUACUAUAUUUUGCAACAAGUUUUAUAGAGAAAAAGCGAAAUAGUUUCGAGAUAGCUAACAAAGGUAUAGAGCCUUGAAGACAAGUUAGUGCCAUAGCCAAUAGUUUUCGAAUGCCUUUCUUUAGGACAAAUGCUGGCUUUGUAUAUAUAGUCUUUGUAUGUUAUCUUAUGCCUCCUUUUCAACAGACUAUCCAGUGGUUUAAAGUAAUGUUUGUACAUAUUUGAUAUUUCUUCUAUGUAGUUCUUUUACAUUUA